ACUAAAAGAAGCUCGACGCGAUUCCAGAAUCUACUUCUAUAUUUGUGCAUUCGUCCCACGACAAUUUGGUACAUUUUUAUCUGUAUGAAAUAAACAGGAGUUCCUAUUUGCCUCGAUCAGGCUCACCUCCUAGUCCCUCGUAUUAGACCAUCUCUUUUAAACUCCGACCUCAUUCAUUCCUAUCCGUCAUGUCGUCCGCUGUCAUCUCCGCCGACGACGGCUUAGAGCCGACAUUGCAGUCUAUCCUGGACCAGAAGACCUUGCGGUGGAUAUUCGUUGGUGGUAAAGGUGGUGUAGGAAAGACGACGACAUCUUGUUCCCUCGCCAUACAACUCGCCAAAGUCCGCCGCUCCGUUCUACUCAUCUCCACCGAUCCCGCUCACAACUUGUCCGACGCAUUUUCGCAAAAGUUCGGCAAGGAGGCUCGCCUAAUAGAUGGCUUCACAAAUCUCAGUGCGAUGGAGAUCGACCCGAAUGGAAGUAUUCAGGAUUUAAUGGCCGGGCAAGGUGAAGACAACACCGAUGCUAUGGGAGGCAUGGGAGGCAUGAUGCAGGAUUUGGCCUUCGCGAUUCCAGGUAUAGACGAAGCCAUGUCAUUCGCAGAGGUUCUAAAACAAGUCAAAUCUCUCUCAUACGAGGUCAUUAUCUUCGAUACCGCUCCCACAGGCCACACCCUCCGUUUCCUACAGUUCCCAUCCGUCCUUGAGAAAGCGCUUGCUAAGAUCUCCCAACUCUCCUCACAAUACGGUCCAUUACUGAACGGUUUCCUCGGUAACCAAGGCACGCUUCCGAACGGCCAAAACUUGAACGAGAUGAUGGAAAAAUUGGAGACUCUUCGCCAGACUAUCUCCGAGGUAAACACACAGUUCAAGGACGAGAAUUUGACGACAUUUGUGUGCGUCUGUAUAGCGGAAUUCCUGAGUUUAUACGAGACGGAACGCAUGAUUCAAGAAUUGGCAAGCUACAGUAUCGACACGCACUGCAUCGUGGUCAACCAGCUGCUAUUCCCAAAGCAAGGGAGCAAUUGCGAGCAGUGCAUGGCACGGCGGAAGAUGCAGAAGAAGUACCUGGACCAGAUCGAAGAGCUAUACGACGAGUUCAACGUUGUAAGGAUGCCGCUUUUGGUCGAAGAGGUUCGGGGUAAGGAGAAGCUAGAACGGUUCAGCGAAAUGCUGAUCCAUCCUUAUGUCCCCCCUGAGUAAACCGCAUGCCUGGAUUCUAUUGGGCUAUUUGGAGUCGGGAAGCGUGGCGUUUGAGACCUUUGAUUCACAUCGAGGGUCUAAUGUAAAGGAAAUAGAGGCAUAAUGGAGUAAUUUAGUGCUCCUGGCAUAUAUGCCCACCUAGAUACUCACGAGAUAGGGAAUCAAGAACAUGGCAUGUCCAUUCCGAUCUGCCAUCCACCAUUGACCCGAGAGAUAUCUCC